CCUAAAGACCGGUAUUCCUUGGUUCAUUUGAAUACUGCCGAUAUAGGAAUCAUAGCGCAAUCUGGUGUAAUUAUGUGGUAGCAAAGAAAACAUGUUCCGCAGAGUGGUGGUUGGCAUAUCCGGUGGAGUAGAUAGUGCAGUUUCAGCUUACUUACUGAAAAAACGUGGUUUUGAAGUAUGUGGAGCUUUCAUGAAAAACUGGGACCUGAUAGACGAAUCCGGAUACUGCUCCGGUGAGCAGGACUGGGAGGAUGCGCAGCGUCUAUGUCGGAUGCUGGAUAUUCCUCUGGAGCAAAUCAAUUUUGUUAAAGAUUACUGGCUAGAGGUAUUUGGAAGCUUCCUAAAGGAUUACGAUGCUGGGAUCACCCCUAAUCCGGACAUAUUGUGCAAUCGGCACAUCAAAUUCAAUCGUUUCUAUCGUCAUGCUCGCGAGCGUAUGAAUGCGGAUGCCAUAGCAACAGGUCACUACGCACGUACCAAUUUUGGCCCAUUCCUCGAACAGUACAAUGAUGAAGAAAAAGUCCGUCUCCUUAUGGCACCAGAUCCCAUCAAAGAUCAAACGUUUUUCCUCUCCCAGAUUACUGCCGAAACACUAAAGCGGACCAUGUUCCCAAUCGGAGCUUUAACGAAGCAACAGGUCAAACAAUUAGCUACCGAGGUCGGAUUGGAGUCGUACGCCCGGAAAAAGGAAAGCAUGGGUAUCUGUUUUGUGGGAAAAAGAUCGUUUCAACAGUUCAUCGGCGAGUAUAUCGAAACGAAGCCGGGCCCUUUCGUGGACGUCGAUUGUGGUCGGGUUGUUGGCACUCACGCCGGGCUCCACCACUGGACGGUGGGGCAAAAGUGCAAAAUCGGUGGAUGUUUGCAACCUUACUACGUGCUCCGGAAGCACCGGGAUACGAACGUGAUAGAGGUGGUUUCCGGUCACGACCAUCCGCUCCUGUUCACCGACAUGGUGUACGCGGAGGAUCCCGUUUGGAUCAACGUUCCCCAUGGUUUGGAAGAGGGCCGUGUGGUACGAUGUCAGUUUCGUUUCCAGCAUACCAAACCUUUGGUUGAAUGUAGUCUCAUUCAAACGAUCGUAGCAUGCGCGGAUGGUGCAAGGAAACAGGGAUUAUUCGUCAAGUUAGACAAACCACUUCGCGCUAUAACGCCCGGUCAAUAUGCUGUGUUUUACCGCAACGAGGAAUGUUUCGGAAGUGCGAGAAUCUUACAACCAGGCCCAUCCGUAGCGUAUAAUAGCGAACUGAUAGCUGCAAUAGCGUAAUAAUCCGUGGAACAAUAAACACAUUGAUGUAGAAGAAAGUCA